UCAGUGAGUGAGAAGAGGUUUAGGCAGCUCGAAUCUGGACAUCAUCUGAUAAUGGGGGAAUUUUCCACGGAACAGAAUUUUCUCGCGAGUGUCUCUAAGCAAGAAGGAGUGGUGUUUAGCGAGGAAGGAGUUCUCAGGUUCACCUUUUGGGAUUAUGGCUUAUUCGUAGCAAUGCUGGGAGUUUCAGCACUGAUCGGUGUGUAUUUUGGCUUUAUCACAAAGAAGAAGCAGGACAACACUGAAGAGUACCUUCUGGGUGGGAAGAAAAUGAGUAUCUUCCCAGUGUCCUGUUCCUUGAUUGCUAGUCACAUCUCAGGAUCCACAAUGUUGGGUGUUCCUACGCAAAUUUACGCCUACGGGACACAAUACUGGAUGUUUGUGAUAUGUGCGACGCUGACUCUCCUGUCCAUUGUCUACAUUUUCCUUCCAACAUUUUAUGAUCUCCAAAUGACGUCGUGCUUUUUAUAUCUGGAGAAGAGAUUCGAUCGUCGCGUGAGACUUGUGGCCAGCUCCAUGUUCGCCGUGAGUGUGAUGCUCUUCGUUCCAGUCAUAAUCUAUGUUCCUGCUCUGGCCUUUAAUCAAGUGACAGGGAUAAAUGUUCACCUCGUCACGCCAAUCAUCUGUGCGAUAUGCAUUUUCUACACCACUGUCGGAGGACUCAAGGCUGUAGUGUACACGGAUGCUCUGCAAUUCAUGAUGAUAGUUGGCGCUACACUGAUGGUGAUGUUCCUGGGCGUGGGAAUCACUGGAGGAUUUUCUGGAGUGUGGGAGGCUGCUGAGCGGGGCGGUAGACUUAUCUUCUUCAACAUGGACCCAAAUCCGCGACUCGGCAGCUCCUUUUGGUCUGUAUCACUGGGUCUCUCAAUAAUCUGGAUAUCGCUCUUGGGAGUGACUCAAAGCAGUGUCCAGCGAUUUCUCUCAGUUCCCGACAUGAAAAGUGCUCGCAAAAGUGUGUGGAUCUUUACGCUGGGACUGAUUUUCAUCAAAUCAUGCUGCAUUUUUGUCGGCCUCAUCAUUUAUGCCAAGUACGAGACCUGUGAUCCAUAUUCAAUGGGUGUCGUGGCGAAGCUCGAUCAAAUCCUCCCGUAUUUCAUAAUGGAUGUGGGAGCAAAGAUUCCCGGAUUGCCUGGAAUAUUCAUUGCGGGCAUUUUCUCAGCAGCUCUCUCCUCAAUGUCCAGUUCACUGAACACCUUGGCUGGGACAAUCUAUGAGGACUUCCUGCGACAUCGCUUCCCGAAAGCAUCUGAGAAACAGGCCAGUUCAACAAUGAAGAUUAUCGUUGUGAUCUUGGGAGUGAUUCAGCUGGCGUGUGUCUUCGUUGUGGAACGCAUGGGAACAAUUUUCUACCUCACACUGGCAAUCAAUGGCAUAACUGCCGGCGCACUUCUGGGCAUCUUCUCGAUGGGAAUGUUACUAAGAAAGGCAAACACAAAGGGCGUUGUUCUGGGCACGAUUCUCUCCACGGUAGUUGUCUCCACGAUCAUGAUAGGAGCUCAAUUCGCCCAGAGACCGUCUCCUUUGCCUCUGCGCGUGGACGGAUGUGAGGGAGUUAAUUCAACUAUUCCUUCCACUGAUCAAACCAUCGCCGAGGAAGAUGACAUGCACUGGAUAUUCCUGAUAAGCCCAAUGUACUACUCUCUAAUAGGAUUUCUUAUCAUCCUCUUCGUGGGUUAUCCAGUAAGUCUCCUCACGGGAGGCUGUGAUCUGCCUGACGAGCGACUCUUGUGUCACUUUGUGCGGAGCAGAGAGUUUAAGGAGCGGCAGAGCAGAAAGGAAGAGGAGGCGAAGUAUGCUAAAAUCGAUCAAACCCUAAAGGAUCUCGAGGCGAAUGGCAAAAUAUAGCUAAUCUGAUUAUUAUUAUAAAUUUGUGGCUGGACUACAGAAGCAAUUUAAUAUGUGAAUGGAAUGAUAAAGCGAGUGUGUGCCGUCGAAAACUCAGACGAUUUGUCGCACUAAUUGCUAUUGUCGUGGCUUGAGGAGUGCCAAAUCCGACUCAUGAUAUCACUUUAUCAGUAUUUCUCGCUUGUCUCGCAUCGAAUACAGAGAAGACACAUUUUCGCGGAAUCUGGAAGACUACAAAAUUAAUGAUGUGGCGACCAAUGAAUGUUUCUAGGCAAUAGAACAUGUUUUAAAAUAAAAUGAU